AUUGACAUAUAAAUAUUUAAUAUAGGCAUAAUGAUAAAACAUUUGAAGACACGAAAAAACAUUUAAUUAUCAAUGAUGGUCAAAUUAAAGUGAAAGUCCAAAUAUGCUAAAAAAUCUGAAGGCUCGUAUGUGGCAAGUACAAAAUUAUGGAAAUGUUUUCUUAUUUAAUUUUUAUUUCUAUGAAAUGCAAGUUUUUAAUUGCACAUUAGACACAAAUUUUUAAAAUUUUUUCAUUCGAUAUCGUCUAUUGAUGCCGUUUUCUACCUCCCUCUAUUCCGAACGAAUGGAAUGAGAGUUAGUCGCGCGAUAGGCGUAUAUUCUUGGCGCGACCUACCUUAAGUAAACUUACACUUUCGUUUAAGCACCACUGUGUAACAGGAGGGGCUAAACGUAGGAAACAGAGAGGAGGUUUAUCGCCUCCAUUUCUUUCUGUCGCGUGAGAAUUGCAAGUGAUUCGUCGUUUUUUAUCGCGAUUACUUCGUGCUUUUUCCAAUAGUUUAUCGCGUGCUUCUAGCCUCUUGUCUUUCUCUUUCUUUCUUUUUUCCCUCCCUCCCUUUCUUUCUUUCUUUUUUAUCUCUUUCACACAAUCCUCAAACUUCACUACUACCAUUAACUUUUAUGGCACUUGCCCCUUUGGUCUGUUCACUUUUUCUUCAGUCGGAGCAGACGACAUCAGGCUGCGUGCAACGUGAAUGUGACACCGAAGUUCAAGCUUCGUUGACAACGAUCAUGACGCAUACCCAACCGUGGACGACGAUGGCGUCGCUGGGGAAUAAAGUGGAUGAGCAAGUCGCCAAGGUGCCGCAGCAGAAUGGACGCAGGAACGAGGAACAACUGCAGAUGGAAGAUAUUCAUGACAAUAACAACGAGAGCAUCGAGGUCGAGAUGGUGGUGCCGCCGGAUGGUGGAUGGGGUUGGGUGAUCGUCGCAGCCUCCUUCAUGUGCAAUCUGUUCGUGGACGGUAUCAUCUUUAGCUUCGGUGUCUUUUUAAACGACAUAUCGGACGCAUUCGCGGUGUCCAAGGCGAGAGUGGCGCUAGUUGGCUCCCUGCAAUCUGGAUUUUAUCUUAUGGCUGGUCCAUUCGUGUCAGCGUUGGCCAACAGGUACGGUUUCCGGUUGGUCGCGAUCCUCGGAAGUGUGAUAAGUUGCAGUGCUUUCGUUCUCUCGUACUUCAGCACUUCCAUCGAGUUCCUUUACAUCUCUUACGGCGUGCUCGGAGGUAUCGGGGCAGGCCUGAUUUACGUGCCGGCUGUGAUAACUACCGGAUUUUAUUUUGAAAGAUGGCGAGCACUGGCCACCGGGAUCGCGGUCUGCGGAUCCGGAAUCGGCGCCUUUCUGCUCGCGCCCAUCUCAGACGUGCUGGUCAAACGAUUCGGUUGGAGGGGUGCGUUACUCUUCCAAGCAGGAAUGCUGUUGAAUUGCUCCAUUUUUGGCGCCAUGUUCCGUCCACUGAAACCAACACGGAUUAAGGUGAAAUCCACCCCGGAAAACGCUGGUUUAGAGGUAAAGAAUAGCUUGAUAGGGAGGGGAGUGUCCAUGACAUCAUUGCACUGUGUCCAACCAGAAAGAAGUGGUUUCUUUGGGACAAACAACAAUACAGAUUAUCCCACUGCCGCAGAAUUACUUGGAAGCAACCCCAACAUAGUAAAUGCUUCCAAGUCUCUACAUUCUCUUCACAAGAUUCACGUGGAGCUACGAACCCUAGAGAGAAAGUUGAGCAACUCUGAGAAACGACUGUCAGUCCCGAUAUAUCCAGAGUUGGACAUGAAUAUAGAUGAAAAAAUCGUCGAGGAGGAGAAUAAUCUUCUCGGUGGAGAUGUUGAAAGACUGAAUGGCAAAGUGCCCACGAUUCGCAGGCACACGAUCAGCGGUAGACGACAACGCGCGGACUCGGAUUGUAGCCAGAAAUCGUUGAAGAUGGGCAACAGGCGUAACCCAUUUAGCAAGGAUCCUCAGAGACCGUUCUACAGGGAUGAUAUCUUUUAUGGCGGAUCUCUAAACAGGUUGCCACAUUACAAAUCUCAGCAAUCGUCCGUUGGCUACCACAUGUCCGUCACGCGUUUACCGACUGCAACGGAUGUCGCCGAGCAAGAAAGCGGAAGUUGCUACAUUUGUCCAGAGAGCGUACGUCGAAUUCUUACUACUAUGCUCGAUAUAAGCCUUCUCAAGAGCCCUUCUUUCUUGAUCCUGGCCAUCUCUGGUGGGCUCACGAUGAUGGGUUUCUAUACACCCUUCAUGUACGUUCCAGAUCGAGCCCAAUUGGCAGGCAUCAAGGCCUCUACUGCUAUGUUCCUCGUAUCUGUGAUUGGUAUCGGCAAUACCAUUGGUCGUGUAGUGUGCGGAUUGGCCAGCAGUUUGCCAGGAGUUAACGCUUUGGUCGUCAACAAUAUAUUCAUCAGCGCUGGUGGCCUUUUGACCAUUUUCUCCGGGCUGUCGCUCAGCCAGAGCUUCCAGUUCUUUUACGCUGCUGGGUUUGGCAUUAGUAUAUCUGUCUUCGCCUCUCUGCGAUCGAUUCUCGUGGUGGAUCUUUUGGGGUUGGAGAAACUAACCAACGCUUUCGGACUGCUUCUUCUGUUUCAAGGUGUGGCAGCCGCCAUUGGCGCGCCUCUCGCAGGUAUCUUCAUGGACGCAACCGGGAGCUACGAUGCCUCGUUCUAUCUAUCCGGCAGUUUGAUCCUUCUCUCGGCCGUGAUCUGUUAUCCCUUGAAGAGGGUCAAUCUAUGGGAGACGAAGAAGAACGCCGACAAGAUCAGCGACGAUCCGUCCUAGUCCUAGAUCGACAUCCAACACCAAACAGAACGCCGUAGACUGAAGUCUAUCACGUAUUCUCGUUGUCGGUCGCCGUGUGUGUUUGUACAUACUUACUACAUAAUUUAUAACACGAAUCGGUGAUUAAUUCGAGCCGAUAUUGACGUAAUCAUCAGCAGAGGGGUUCCGUUUUCGCGUUUUAUCUUGGAAUUUAUAUCGAGAUUAAACAGGACACGUUCAGGGAAAUCAUCCAUCAAAAAUCACAGAGCGAAUCAAGCUGAAGCCUUCGUAAAGAGAGGGCCAUUUCACAUCAUCAAAUCGAAUUCCUUUCCAAAAAUUAAUCAUUCUCCUGUUUAAUCGUGGCGAAAUUAUCCUGUUUUGGGUCUACCGUAAAUAUUUUGGGCGAGUGCAAUAGACUUCGUGGACCCGCGAAAGGGGAGGAAGGGAUACCGUCCAGAUUUUUCAUUUGAUUCGAAGUUAGUUUUAUGGGAACGCGGAUUUGACACAUCCCGGGUCAAGCUUUGCAUUUUCAUGAAACGAUCCUUUCAUAUUAUACGAGCACCACGUCCUACGAUUCAUCGUCGUUUCGCCGACGUGUCUCGCGACGAAUGGUCAUAGGAGUUUUUUUUAGAUCCUUCGAUGAUAAAUAUCGUUACGCGGAGAUUUUUUUGUUAUCGUGACGUUUCCUAAGUUCACUCGUUGGGACGAUUAAUCUCUCUCAAAUUUAAUUUGAAACGAGAUUCUCGAAUGUAAGAAAGAAGAUUAUGAGAUCUUCAAGUUUACAUUUUAUCUCGAAAUCGAUCUAUUUUUGCUAGGAUUUUACAUAUACGAACUGCCAUAACGUACAGUUAUGUUGGUUGCGCGUUACAGAGACGAUCAUAUUCCUUUAUCCGUUUUAAACUCGAGGAGUUUGUAUCUCUUGAAGGCAUUAUGCGUACAUUGUCGAUGAAUCGAUCGAUUAGUCUUCCAUUUUCGGAAUCUAUCUUGUAAAAUACGUUUCACAAGCGACGCGCCAAGGCGUAUGCACUUGCAUAAACGAGUAAUCUCGAUAGAUCGUGCAUUUCUAGCAUCGAUUAAUUAUUAAACCGACAUUUCGGUGGCGUGGACCGGAACGUUUGGCCGAUCCUUAGGUGUAAAGGACUUGCUCAAAAAUGAAAUCCGUUCCUACUGUUCCUAAUUAAUUAUACUAGUAUUGUUUCUUCUUGUUCUUUCGUUUGUUUUUUGUUUCCUUUAGAAUCGUUUAAUUUUUUAAAUUUAACUUGUUAUUUUUUUAAUUUAAUUGAAAAGCCGAUUGUGAACACGGGUAAAAAGAUAUAAAUAUUCUUACGUUAUAUUCGUGAAGUCGUUAAACAAAAAAUAAACGAGGAUUUUUAUUAAAAUUCAAUACGAAAAUAUUAAAAUUAAACCAAAGUUAUUAAUUGGGUUAGAUAGAAAGAUCGAAAUGAAUCUACGAGCAUGUCGUAACAGGUGGAAAAUAUUUCAAAAAAAUUCAGAGAAUUGAAAUCAACGUAAUAAAAUAAAGAUGUAAUCCAGUUUUAAUACAGGACUCUCCAUCCCGGAGGAGAGAUAUCCACUUGUUACGAUACACAUCCCAUUUUAAUUUUAGGGAGCACGAACGAAAAAUCGAUACUGGUCAGAGUACGACAGUAAUAUCAAUGAUCUGAACCGAACGCAAGUUUUAAAUUUCGAUAUUAAAAAAAAAAAAAACAAAAAUAUGAAAAGAGAAAAAAUCAAAUUAGAUGGAAUAUUUUCCACGUAAGCUCGAAUAUUAUGCACGAUAUCGAAAGAUUCAUCUUGAAUAAAAACGUUAGUUAUCAAAUAUAGAAUAUCAUAAUAGAACUAGAAUCGUGUUUAGACAGAAAAGAAUUUCAAAUAGAAUAAAUAAGUUCGUUUUACAUAUAUAGAUCCUUGAUGGCGUGCUCCCCACGUGGCAUACGCUUCGUGCUCCUGAAUGAUAGCCAAGGAACAUUGUUACACAAAUAUGUAAAUUUAUUAAAUACUAUUAGAUUAUGAGAGAAAAAGACGGUGAAACUUGAAUUCAUAUGCCUCUUGUUCUGCCACUCCUACCCGUUCCCAUGACUUAUAUAGUUACGACGUAAUAUUACUUGCAAACGUUAUAAAUUAUUUAUCAACGAAUUGUAAAUACGAUGUGAUACGAUCACAUUGAAACUCUUAUCGUCACAAAUAUUCUAUGCUUGAUUUUCUUGUCUUUUAUUGUUAAUUACAAACUGGAAAUAUGGGAUAAAAUUUAUCACUUUUCACGUUGGUUUUAUUGCGCCUGAUCAAUGCGUUUGAAACUAUUCGUUAACGGAUCCUGGAAUCGCCUUUUUCUAGACAGAUAUCACGCGUAUUAUCUCGUUUUAACGAUUCCAAGGAUGAGGAUGACGUUGUUAUUUCGAGUUCUCGUUUUACGAUCCAGAUUCAGCGAUUAUGAAUCGUUUCGAACGGAUGGAUGGGCCUUUUCCUGUCAUUUUGAGGGAUAUUGAAGAUCGUAACGAUCGUCUUUUUUUUCACGGAACGUUUCAUCUUCCUUAUUUUCCCUUCCGAGUCUUUAUUUUAUUCGUUUUUUAUUAGUUUUCAUUUUAAAAGCAUUUAGAAUACGUCGAUUCUUUCGAGAUUCUUUUCUUUCUAACAACGAACUCGAUAAUGUGAAUCGUUGUACAUGAUAAUAACAUUUUAAAUUCGUCCUCUUUUCGUCUCAUUCUUCUUUUUCAUUUAAAAAACAUUUAAGAAACAUCCUUCGAGUAAUUUUGAAAAUUAUAAUCAACGAGAUUCUCCUUUAAAUUAUACAUACUUUUAAAAAAAAAUUUGCAACAACCAAGUGCAUAAUACAAUCUUAAAAUUGUAACCUCUCGUAUAUCUCGAAAUUGCAAUAGAUACGUUAAAAGCAGGGCAAGCCGUCUUAAGGUAAAAUUUAUGCCGCUAACAGUCUAGUUUCCUAUGCAGAUCGAUAUCACUCGCAUCAGUGCGUGUUAGGAUAAUGAAGCUGCAGUGAUACCAUUCGCCGAAACGUCGAAACCAUUUUCCACGGAUAAUUCAUCCUCACCAACACGAGCCGUGUUUCCUAAUCUUCCAACAAAUCAACCAAAUCGAAAAUUACUUGCUUGCUUGAUUUCCGUCGAGGAUCAAAUCGUUCCCUUCGCAACUCCUCUUCAUUCUCAUCUUCCGGGACGGGGUCCUCCGAGACGAGGAUUCUCGUUUUCGAAAUUUGGUGUCACGGUGUCGCAGCUCGUCGAGAUAAGUUCAAAGAAGAAGGUCACGGAGGGAGACGUGUGUUUAACGAACGGCAAUAAUUUAUGCCUGGGCACGAGUGCAAAAAAGCUCGUUGCGCUCCCCACGGCGACUUGGGAGGCAAUGAGCGAAGUCAUAAAUACCGGAAAGGAUGGCAAUUCGCUUUUACGGCCGGGUUGCAACCCUCCCAAUUGCUUUUUUCCGAACGCUAUUCCACUCGGCGAGAUGAUUGAAAAAAAUGCGCCGCAUCCCUCUUUAAAACGAGGAAUCCGCGCGGAUUUCCGGCGAAUCGUGGCUAGUUGGUCCUCGAGACGUAUCCCGAUUGGCUGCCUCCAGGAUCUCUCCUUCGCGAGAUAAAAUUGGCCCAAGUUCGCGAGUGUGCAUCUUUUACGCGCCUUUUUUUUUUUACGGACAAAUUCGGAUGAAAUUCGAUCGAGCCGAUCCUCCCUCCUUGUCGUGGCUGGGAGGAAAGGCAACGAUCCAGGUGAGAGAGGUGGUAUUGCCCUCGAGAAGUCGAUUAAGAAUUCGUCUGCCCUCCGAGUGACCCUCUUUUUUCAAGCGUCCAUUGAAGGGGGUUAAAAAAAAUCAGUUCUUACCGUGGAUAGGACGCUCGAUAUUCGUUUUCUCCAGUCUCUCCAGAUUAACGAACCGAUCUUAUUUUUCGAAAUAAAAUUCCCUCUCAAACUGGACGAAAUUGAUAUUUUUCAUCGAUAUACUUUCGAAUAAUGUAACGCCGAAUCCCAAUCUCUAUAUACAACAACCCUUUCUUCAACGAGAGCCAAUUACCCAACCUCUUUAUCCGAAAGAGUAAACCGCACUUUAAACCAUCCCCGAACUAUCUUUCUCGCCUAUUCAACCGGUCCCUUUUAUGUCCAUGGAAUCGUCCUCUCGCCUUCCUAUCCCACUCUGCAGAAGAAAUUGAAGGACAACCACGGGAGAAUGAAUAAAGAAUAAAGGAGCGAAAAAGAAAGGGUAAAAAGUAGAUAGAAGUAUCAAGUGAUGGAGGAGGAAGGUAGUGAGAGAACGCGAGGAAGGCAAGGGUGAAACGCGUUGAAGAAACGAGGGUCGACUUUCACGGCGGUGUGUCUCGAAGGCAGAGCGGGGUCUCUGCUUCCGACUGCAGAUACAUUGCGACAUGGAACUAGGGGUUAGUGUAGGGGGGUUUCGUGGUGGCGCGAGAGGGGCGAAGGGACCGGCGACGAGGGUGGUGGGUCGCUCGGGGCUCGAAAGGGGGAUGAAAUGCGCCGCGACGCGCUGCGGCGAAGCCAGACGGAGACGGACUUAGUUUCUGCUCCGCAUCCGCAGCAUCCUCCCUCUCCAUUCCCCUCUCUCUCCCAACCUUCCUUUCUUCGCAUCCUCUUCCUUCAUUCUUUCUCUCCUUCCACCCGAAACGACUUUUACUCCGGUCCCUCCUCCUCCUCCUCCUCCCUUCUUCCUUCUCUUCUUCCGGCUCUAGCGUGUUUCCCUUUUCCACGCGCCCGGUGUUUCGCUCUCUUUCCAUCCCCCUGUCUCCGUCUCUCUCCGUUUCACCCCCCGCGACUCAAACCACCGCGGUCCAGUCGAGUGUUGGCCCGUGUACCGAACGGUUCACCUCGUGGCUCGUUCGUUUCGCACCGACAGCUGCGUGACGCUCAAAUCGUUCGUUCGGCUGUUAAGGAUCUAUUGCCAUUGCCGGCUUCCUCCGCGUUGCUCGGGAUCGAAAGGAUCGACGGGGAUGACGAGGUUCUAUCCGACUGGUUGGUGGCAGGCAACGCGACCAGUGUAAAAGCCAGCGACCGGGAUCCACGUGGUGUUGACGUGAAAGGUAGAAGGGAUACUUUCACCGGUAAAGGGUGGAAUGGGAUUCGAAGGUGCAUUGCUAUUGGAUGCCUUGAUACGAGUUUCAUGUUCGAAUCACAUUUGUUCGUAACGUGUGUGUGUAUGUGUAUGUGUGCGUGUCAUGUGUGUGUGUGAGAGAGAGAAAGAGAGAAUAUUGAAGAUGGUAUUCUUGAAGGAUUUAUACAUGAUAUAGUGUUUAGAAUGAGAAAGAAAGUUUGCACAAAAUUAUAAUUUGAUUAUUGUUUGCGUUGAUAUGUAUGUUUUUUUGAAAUUUUAUACGCAUAUUGAACGGGAUGAUUUACAAUUUUUUCCAAACUUUCGUAAAAUAUAUUGCUGCACGUGAUUGGAAAAUAAAUGUUGGAUAUUCGUUUCUUUAGCGAUAUACUCGAAUAGAUAUGAUCGAAUAAAAUAUUUUAUUCUUUUAUUAUUUUCAAUGUUUUUAUUCCGAAAGUCGAUGUACAAAAUAUUUUUUUCAUUUUUAAAAUAUCAAUUUUCGCAAUUCGAAAAAGUUAUAUUCUCUCUAAUUAUCUGAAAGAAAUAAAUAGACCUAAUUUAUGCUGUUUCUAACAAGAGAAGAAGCAUCUCAUCUUAUUAGACUCUAGUCUCUUCAAGCUUUUCACCCCAAUAUGUAAAACACGAAGAAAGAAACAAGAAGAAACUCUAUGACCGAAGAAACACUCAUCGCGAACUCAUUCUUCCUACUAACGAAAUUCUUUUUUCCAUUUCUUUUAUUCUUUUUCUGAGACGCGCUAUGUAACAAGCUACCGCAUGCUCAGUUUUUAAGAGGACCGGAAGUAGUUCUUUCGUACCCUUUUAACAUAUUACAAAUACACUUAACGUUGCUUAAUCUUCUUUGUAUUCUGAUCAGAUGCGAUCAAAAUCGUGUGUAGUUUGAUUGAAAUCAAAGAUUGAAAAUGAGCUAUUGGCGUCCACGUGUCACGAAUUCGAAAUUGCAAUAAAUCAGUUUGACCAACUUCAACACACUGUAUGCGUUUAUUUCACGCAAUAUCAGAUUUGAAUUAUAUUUACGAUAUUAAAAAAAUUCGUUUAUCAUAUUUUUCAGCGAUUAAAUGUUGAUCUUUGAUUUUGAGCAAUUUUUAAAUAUAUGAGCGAUAGUCAUGAGCGCGCGAAUCAUCUUUCGAUAGAGUAUCAAAUAUAGAAUGUUUAAAAAAAGUUUAUCGCGUUUAAAAAUUAGAAAACGAGAAAUAUUUUCUUGCUUUUAGUUAAUUGAAAUAAAAUUGAAUUUAUUCACAUUUGUUUUCAUAAUAAUUAUGAAUAUCGAUAUGAAAGAUAUAUUUAUAUCUAUAAAAUAUGCAUGAUUUAAUGAAAGAUUGAUCAAAUCUUCGGAUAUCGGAUCUGAAUGAACUAAAUUGCUUGAUUUCCUUUACACAAAAGAAUUCAAUUACAGUCUUUUCAAAUACAACGACUAUUCGAUAAUAACCGGUCCUGAUCUCGGCUCUAUGUUCCUAACCUUUUUUUCUUUUCGCCAACAUUAAUCAAAUUAAAAUUCCCGCUCGCGAUCGGUGAAUAGUUUUUAAGCCAUAUAAACCAGUUUAGCGUACUUUUCUUGAUUUUUAAUUUCCUUUUUCUUGAAUUUAAUUUAAUUUAACAUGGAGAAUUAAUGUUUAUCGAUUUUCCAUUAUGGAAUAUAUCGAAAGUGUAAAUAAUGUUCUAUAAUAGAUAUUAUAUAUCUUAAAAUUGAUAAGUCCAAUUUUUAUAUCCUAUAAUUUUGUUCAUCAUUUAAAAAAACACGGUAUUUCAGUGAAUAGUUGUUAUAAUUGAUACGAAUAAUAAAUAUAAAUUAUGUUCAGCCAUAUUAUCAUAACGGACUAGUACAUGUUUGUUAUGGCUUCAUUUAUAUCGCGAACACUUCUAAAUUAGAAAAUAAUUAACCUCUUGUCAGAAUUUCUGAUAAAAUUCGUAUUCGUUUCUUAACAUUUAUGAUAGGUUCAUUAAUUUUUUAUUUUAACUUUAUUUCCUUUAAUACACAAUGAAAAGAUAUUCAAAAGACGAGAAUUAAAACAAAGAACGCAUCGUUUGUCACUUGAAAUUCAUCAUUCAUACCUGAUGUGUUAACCGACGAGAGACCAUUGUGCAGUUUGCAGGCUCGUAUAAAAUAGAAUGCUGCAUUAACGUUCAGCCAAGCGUGUCCCAAGAGUGCUCAGUUAAUGGGUUAAUUCUUCCAAAUCUAAAAGGACCCAGUAUUCGUAGUAGUAACAGCACAAUUAAUACACUUUUCGAUUAUUAACGCCAUUAAUUUUCAUCUCGUUUUAUCACACUGCGCGCGUUUAUCAAAAUGGCGGCGAAACCAGAUCUCGAAUUAGAAAAGCGCGGUAAAAUUACCACAAACUAUACUGUAUAUAUAUAUAUAUGCGUGCUUUUCAGGAAUAUCAACAUCGAUAAAGUCGUGAAAUCGGCUCGAGGGUACUGGUACGAAGAAGAGGCACUCAAUUCAAGCACUAGUUACAUAUAUUGUGCUAAUAUAAAAACGGCACUGGCAACUUAAUGCGAUUGUUUCCAUUUUCGAUAAUCACGUGAAUCGAUUUUCACCAUGACUGUAUAAUUUUUAUUAUUCGUAAUUUAUUUGAUACUUAUUACCGAUUAUUUUUAUAAAUGAAAAAUAUUAUUAUGAUGCGGUCGUAAAACUGGUAAUUGUCAUAUUUCCGAAUCUUUCGCGAAAAUUUAACACGAAAACGCAAUAACUUAUUACACGUAAGACUAACUCUUAUUUUUCGCAAAAUAUGUGAUACACUUGAUCGACGAUCAUUAGUAUAUUUGUUAAUUUCUAUUAAACUGGUGGCGCCUCCUUUGAGUAUAUUGAAAGAAGUUCAGAAUUUCAUGAAAUAGUAAAAAGGGGGCGUGAUGUGGAAAAUUUUAGAAUCGCUAAUAAUCUAUAAUCUAUAAGUUCGAUAUUCGGAGGUCGUGUGAUCACUAAACUUAGCGUAUUGGUGCUUACCCAAAGGAAGAACGAACGUGAUUUGUGAUUGUGUGUAAGGAUUUAGGCAUUUUUAUCAUGAUGUUGUACAAUGUUUUACAAGCAAACGUAAAUAAAUUAUGUGUAUCCAUCACCAUGAAACAUUUUAUUUCUAUAUCGAUGUAAUGUUCGAUGCAACAUGCCAUUUUUCCCGCGCUUUCGAAGUGAAUAGAAUCGCCAUAAGGUGAAAUCGCAGUGAUAGAAGGAAAAUCAGAAAAGGAAGAAGUCAGUUAUUUCGGUGCUAAUUAAGUGACGACGUUCACACGUACACGUGUACAUAUACAACAAUCAGGAAUAGUGUCUAAUUGGCACGAAAACAACACAGUCAGCCUUAAUUAGUUAAUUUGCGAAGAGGCUCAACAUCCAAUGCAUCGCGACACGCUCGAUUAUUACAGGAUGCAGUUACUUCUGGUCAUCUCAGGAUAAUCAUCCUAUCAUUUGGCUAUUCCCCGAAAUCGGGCCAAAUCUGGUGAACGAAGGACUACAAUACCGCCUUAACGAUAAUUCGAACAACUUUUCUUCUCUUCUAUGACAAGUUCCUACAGUACGUGACCAAAUUUGCGACUAUGACUAGCGGACAAAGGAAUAAGUCCGUAGUACAUCCGGAACAGCGGUAUGCGUACAUGCCCUGUCCUCUUUACGACACUGCGACGAACAAUAACCCCGGAUGCUCGUGAUCCAUCAGCAUAACUCCUGCGAGAACGAACAUGUCGUCUGAUCGCAAAUUUGACCGAAACUUUUGUGUCAGUGACAUAACAGCGACGAUAUUCAAUGUCGAAAUACGGGCGUUAAAGUUAACCACGUAUGAUGAAUGAGGUCCUCGUGUCGAAGUUGGACGACCCUUGAGAGGUUUGGAAGUAAAAGGUGGCCAGAUCUUUGUCUCAUCUCGUUUAUGGUCCUCCAGUCAUGUGUUUCAAGUCAUUAUAAGUCAUAUCAUUAUUAAAAAAAAAAUGUUACCGAAAAUUUUGAUCAAAAAAUAUUUUAAAAAUGAUUAAUAAUAAUGAUUCUCUGAUCCAAUUUUCUAUAAUUGGAUCAUUUUUGAUUUUUUGACUCAGUUGAUGAUAAUUAAAUAACGAAAUUUAAAAUAAAUUUUCAUCUAUUAGUGUAGAUUAUUUUUGAAUGUUGUAAAUGUUGAAACGGAUGAAUUUUAGAUGAUGAUUAAGAAGAUGAUUAGUUACAAUUCGCCAAAUUUGUUGAUAGGUUACACCGGAAUGAUAGAAUAAUUAUUCCUCAUUGUUUUCUAUUCAUGGUAAUUGUAAAGUCAAUUUACUAUUCAUACAGAAUCAGUAAGUUUAACUUAGACCAGAUCAAUAUGUAUAUACAUUUGAUCAAUGAAUGGUCAGCCACACAAAGAGUUCUCGUUUCAAUCGGGCAAAUUCUUUUGCUCCAUAAAAUAUACGUUUAUGUAAACGUUUAUUGCACGUUUUAAUUCUAUUUAUUAUCUAUCGGAUCAAUACUUAACAAAUCGUAAAAUGCAUCAAAAAAAAAAAAAAGAAAAUUGAAUAACAAUAAUUAAUAUACUACUUUCUUAAUUAAAAUACUUUCUUAUUUUACAAUAUAUAUUAUAACAUUUAAAAUUCCACGUGUGUUUUUUUUAUCUUUAAAAUUAAGAAGCUUGUAUAAACUUUUUACAGAUCUAUAUUUAUUCGUCCUAGGAAAAAUUAUAAAAUAAUGAAAAAAUAGUUAUUUAAAUUCCCAUUAAAAUUAUCGAUUCUAUGUAGAGGAUACGAAAAAUGAUUUAAUCCAAUUCAAGUCCGUCCACGAUCAACGAUUAACGAGAAUCACAGGUGAUAUUAGAAAAUAUUGCUGUUUUCAGGUGUAAUGUUGAAUAAUACCAUAGAUUAAAGGUAUAGGUCGCGCAAUUUUAAGUUGUUUCCCCUUCAAGGGGAACAACCACGUAUAUUUGGCGAUGCUUGCGAUUUGGAACAAUUCGUGUCGCUUCAUGUUUCAUUCACCGUCCGUUUCAUUAUGCAUCACAGUGGUUAGAGAGGCCACGUAUAUCAGGAUUAAUUGCAAUUUCCAACGCCUCGCGACACGCCCGUAAUCAACACCGUGACGAAUGAAAGCGAUUGCAAAUAUCGGAUUUUUUCCCCUUUUUUUUUCCUUUUUUUUUUUUUUUCGGUUACUUAAAACGAUCGAGCACGGCCAUCGACUUUGUCACUUGAUUCGUAUCUGAAUCGCAUCCAUGUUGUACGAGGUGGGAAGCUUGCUCGAGGGAUCGAAAAAGUAUUGUUGACUUUGGUAGAUUUAGGAUUACGGUGUACGAGAGUUUGGAAAGUUGAGUAUUCGAAAGAAAAUUGAUCCGAAUGAAGAUUUUUUUUUUUUAAUAAAUAUCGAAAUUUCACGAAAUAAAUUUAACUUUCUCCGGAAAUCGUGAAGUGAUGGAACUAUUUUUCUUCAAACUUCGCUUGACUGGGAUUUUUAAGGGUCAGUUUUAUUAAAACUGCUGCGUGAUAAACUUUUCUAUAAGAAACUUAUAUUUUCAAAUUGCAUAUUUUAGUCUACGGUAUAACUAAACUAAUAUCUUUAAUAUUAAUUUACCGAUUAUUCCAACAUCUCUGAUUAAUUACACAAUCAUCUAUACGGUUUUUAGAUGAUAUUAAAAUGUUUAAAAUAGUAGAAUGUUACUUUUGUUUCUUUUUUUUCCUCGAUUAAAAUUUGAUCGCGUUACGAAUCUCUCGAAGUCACGUACAAAUCAUCUAAAAGAUUCGAGAUCUCAAUCACCUUUCAAUCAAGAAAAUCGUUAAUUGUCAAGCAAUUUAUUCGAACGAGAAUCGUAGUCAGAUUGCAAUCGCGUCUAUUUGGCGCAUAUAAAAGGCAACCAUGUUUCAUUGGCUUGAUAAACAGAAGAGAAACGCGUGAAUCGUUUAAUUAAGGAAACUAUCGGUUAACCAACGACUAUCAUUCAGUCUAAGCGAACUAUUUAUCGCAUUGGUUUUGCUCAACUCGAACGCAGAUUAAACUAUUUAACUAGGAAAAAGAAUUUCGUUACUUUUAACGAUUUGUGAUCGAAUAAAUCUAUUUAACAAAAGACAGAAUAUAUUAAAUUUUAUAGAACUUAUGAAAAGAAUUGGAAGAAUAUGAAAAUGAAUAUUCAAAUACACUUAUGAUCUAGAUAUUUUCAAUAUUUUAUAAAAAUUAAUUCUAAAAAUUAAUUGUUUGAGAAAGAAAGUAGAAUGCAUAUGUAAAACGUGCACUAAAAAUUGAUUAUAUUUUUGAGACAAUAAUUUUAUUUAUUCUGAAAUUUUUCAAGGAAAUAUAAUUUUUGACACGAGUCAAAUAAAUUUACAAAUGUUACAAUUUGAGCAAAUAUUAGAUUCCAGAAUAAAUAAUUUAUUCUGCUCGUCUGGAUUAUGGAAUUAUUCAUUCAGCUAACAAUUCGCGUGUUUAACUAUAAUUUAAAUCUAUGAUUCAAAUGAAUUUAAUUCUUUCAAGAUCAAUAAAAUAUUCCAAGGUAAUUUUUACAACAAUUAUCAUAGAAACAUUAGAAUCUUUUUGGAAUUACCAGCAAGAGUAAUAUUGGAAUAUUAGAAUCACAUGACAAAACGAGAUCAUACAUCUUGAAAAUUAGAUUCAGCCAAGCUUUUUUUUAAUUGGCUAUAUAUCAUCAUUGUAUUUAAUAUUGUGCAUGCAACUAUGGGGAAAUAAAUAAUAAAAGAACAAUAAAAUAAUAAAAAAUUUGCUGAAUCGCGUGUUUGCUGGUUAUAAAUCAGAUUAUCGUAUAAAUCAUGUGUCGAUGGGUGGCGAGGAACCAGGCCGAGAAAUUCAAUUCCAUCAUGUUGCGUUUCGACGUUUCGUUGAAACGUUUUCAAUGUUCGAAGCUGCGAAUUCUUCCGGUAAAAUAAUUCGAUUUGAAAAAUUUAUCAUUCAAAUAGACGAUGUAACAUUCCUCGAGAUUUCAGGAUUUUCGUAGAAAAUCGUGUUUAUGAGCCCGGAAAAGAAGGCUUGCGACGAAUAUAACAUUAACGAAACGCCGUUUCGCGGACGGAUAAACAAAUCAAAAUCUCUCUUUGCGUUUCAUAAGCAACCAGGUUCUCUAUUACUUUGCGUAAACGCGCGUAUGCGAAUUUCCGAGAUUGGAUUUCGCAAGUUUGAAACGCCUCAUGAUAAAUGAAAGAUGUAGUUAGAAUAGACGAGGGGAUUGAAUUUCUUGAAUUUCCAAGAGUUUCUGAUCAACUGCAAUCCUCGAAAAAAAGAAAUUUCAAUAAUUAAAAAUCGACAUUGGGAGAAGAUCGAUCGAACGACAACUAUUUUUCUAUCGACACGGUUUUCCAAACAAUGCCAAUUAGAAUUAUUAUCAAGUUUAGUGUUGAUUAUUUUAAUUGGAAAGGUCGACGUUAAAAAAAAAAGUCGAUCACUCCUAUAGUGUCAACGUAUUAACAUCCAACUGUUAAUAGUUUUAAUUGACACUGUCGUGUUGAUAGAAGAAACGUCGUCCUUCGAUCUCUGAAGUGAUCGACCUUUCUUUGAUGAUCGAAUUGAUUUGCAACAUUAUCAGAAGAAAAUUAAUAUCAUUUACGCUUAUCUUUAAUUACUCUAAUUAUCGUUUAUAACUCACAUCAACAUAAAAAUCGUUUUAAAAUUCUUUUUUACUCGAUUUUUCUAAUACAAAUAAUCUUAAAACUGAACGAGCUUCAUUGUCAGCCAAGCUACACGUAAUGCCAAGAACACGAUAUGCGUUAAUAUUAUUGUCUACUUGUUAACACUUGUUAAUUAUCUUUAAUUAUAUAUAAUACGUCCAUAGAAUAAAUCUUUAUCCUUCGCUCUUCAGAACUUCAGAAAGAGAUCGAUCUUUUCCAUUCUUUCCAAUCUUUCAUUUGAAAUAAAAAAAAAUGUAUAUAUAUAUUUACGCAAGGCCACCCCCUGAAGGAGCAGGGGAAUUAACCCGCGAUUUAAGCGAGGAGCUCGAGGCUUAAGAAAGUCAAGGUUGUCGCGACGAGGAUUACACGUCGAUUCACACGCGUAGCGGGGUGAAAAAGAAAUUUUGCACGAGGCGCAUCAAUCGAUUUCGAUGCAGGCGAGUAGACUAACUCGUCCAUGGAUGUAUAUGGGUUUUCGACUCGUUUCGUGACAAGCCUCGAUAGAAGGUUUUAUUUAGAGAAUCGGAGAAUUGGUUCGAUAUUUCGAACGUUGCGUGCGAUGUUACACGAUCUUGAUUAAAUCUAAAAGUUAUCUCGAUAUUCUCGCGAGGCGUAAGUUGUAAUUACUGGAUGGAUAAAUUUUGAGAUAUUGUUUUUUAUUUUUUGAUUGAGAUAUAUUUAGAUUUAUUUUAAAAAUUGAAAUAGAUAUUAAUAAGUAAUUCUCUUCGUAGAAAUAUUUCUGAUAGAUUUUUAAUUUUCAAAAUUCUCUAAGAAAUUUCUUGGUUUUUUUUAAUUGUUAAAAAACGUUGCUCAUUAUUUUUUCAAGAGUCAUUUAUCUUUUCAAGCACGUAACGUAUUCUGCAUAAUUUUCUCGAUAGGCUCGGAAAACGAUACUGGAUGUCGGUAUAUUUCUUGAUUUUCUUGGAUAAAAUAAAUGAUCAGGAAAAAAGAAAAGAAAUCGUUACGGUGCAGGCCACGAGACCGGUAUUACGCGAUAUUAUAAUUAAUCCGAGUUAUCUAAUCGAUAAAUAUUUAAAUAUCAAAUCGAAGCUGACGAAUGGAUUUGAGAGAAAAACCAUAAGUGAAAUUUUUACGUAAAAGACACAUUUUAAAUUAAACUUAUCGAGUUAUCGAUUUUCCAUGUAGCUAUAAUUCAAAUCGUUAUAUCUUGAAACUUGUAAAAAUUUUCCAUAAUUCCAAGUUUUGUCGUUUCUCCUACGAUAUAAAAUAAAUAAUCAUCUGCAAAACAUGUGUAACGUUUGAAAUAAUUUAUUACGCUUUAUAAAUAUUCCGUACUCGAUUACAAUGAAUUCAAGAAACGUUUCCAAAUCGAUAAAAAUGGAUUUAUCAAAUAUUUCUGUAUUCUUCUAAUUCUUUCUCGAUGAAUAAUUACAUAAAGGAAUCUUCUCAGGAAUAUGGAUCAAAAUUACAAGCAUCUCGACGUGAAUUGUCGAAACGGUCUGAUACGUAAAGUUGAUUGAUAUCGAGGUUAAUGCUUUUAGCCACGUAUCUAUCUCCUGUCGUUCAUGUACAAUGCACAGAAUCUUUGCGUUUCGUUGCCAAAAAUAUGGUACUCUUGACCGAGUAUGCUAGAAACCCGAUUGAGAACCAUAAUUCUUUUCGAUGCUUGAAACGCUGAAGCUCUCUCUGGCUGUGAACGCGGAGUUGUUGAUACUUGGAAGGUUUCGCGAAUCAAAGAAUUAGAAAACGAGGAAAUGAAAUUUCGACGUAAUUAAUUAGAAACGUAACUAUCGCAUAUCUAAUUAUUACUCCUAAUAUCAUUUUCUAAUUCUAAUUAUCGUUGUUAAUACAAAUUUUAUUAGAUCAUUAAUUUGAAUAAUAAUUAAUAUAUUAUCAAUUAUUUAAGAAUUUUAAGACAGAAAUAAUACAUCUUUGGGAAAUAAAAAAAAUCUCUGAGAAAAUCUUAUCUCUUUGAUUUCGCGAAAUAUACAUUAUUACAUAAAUUUUUAACUGAGAAUAAUACGAUGAUGAAACCGGAAGUCAUCCAGUCCCAGUAAUAUUUUCAGUAAAACGACAAAUGCCAAGCUCGUAAUUCGAAGCAUUCGUCAACCACUCUUCUUGCUUUAUGACUACUUGUUGAACGAAACAAACGACCGUAUCGAAACAAUUCUGGAUGCUUUUGCUCUUCCCAUCAAGUCCCACCUCUCCCCGUUCUUGCAUUCUUGCCGCUAUGUCCUUGCCGCCAUCCGAAUUUAUACUCUCGGAGCCAGGAAUUUUCCAAAAUUGCAAUAUUAUACGGAAAAUUUCGCGAAAUAUCUCGGAGGAUAACGAUUUAGAACAUUUAUACAAGUUUGCCCAAGGUAAAUCUCUGAUUUUAUAUAUUCUCUCGUAGCUCGAAACUCGUAUCAUCUGGAAUCUGGAUGGAAGAAAGAGGAAAAGUUGUUUCUCACUGGUAUUGUUUCCAGGAUAAAUCGAUUAAAGGCCGUAGUGCGUUAUUCGUCGCAUUAAUCUUCGAACAAUGACCAUGAUUUUCAUUUUCUCGGACAAUGGUCGAGUUGAACCAGUGUGUUGCCUCCACACGACGCAAAUUGAGAACAUUUUUGCCACGAUAGAAGUUUAUCUAGCAGAGAGACGCGUUGUGCUUAGUCUAAAGGUGUCUGUGCAAUUAUCCUGACGAAGAAACUUAUUUCAUGCUGUUAAUUUUGCGUUAAUUUUGUGACAACUGCGUUGUGGAAAUAAAAAGUUGGCAUUUCAGUUGUGGUCGAUCAUAAAAAUAGGGCAUUGACGAAGAUAGGAUGAUUUUUCCAAUAAAUUUUCCAUUGAAACGUUAAAAUUGUACGAAGAAAGUUGAUUGCACAGCAGUGUGUGCUGUUAAAAAUCUAAUAGCCAUUAAGGCAUCAAGCCGAGUUCUCAACAACGAGGCAACAACGAGGAAUUCUUUAUUGACACGUUUCGUGUUUUUUUUUCUUUCUUUUUGAAAAAGUUACUCGUCUCUUCGUUUCUUUAUAUUUGCGUUGAGAGUAAUAAAAGUUAUCUGACAAACAUCAAAGAAAAAUACAAAAUUAUUGCUGGAAAGUGUUUUAGCUUUAAAAAAAAGAAAUGUGUGCCGUUACAAAUGUUACUUUCGAUUACGUUCCUCUCAUGACAAAUUAUACUUGUUUCUAUAAUUUGAACUUUUAUCGAUACAUCUCAGAAGAAAUGAGUAUCGAUAUAUUCGCCACCGCAAAUUGCUAUUAUAAAUUUCCUCCUCCGAAACUUAUAUGCGAGUUAAACAGAUGAAAACGAGAAGAAUUAAAUAACAAACAGAUACGUUUCAAUCAAGUGGCGCUUCGUUCGACGAACAAUUUAUCUGUGACACGCAUCAACGUUGAACGAAGGAAUGAAUUUCAGUAGAAGAGUUUUAAGUUUCACGUGGCUUGAAAACAAUCGUAGGAGGAAAUACAUAAGUUCGCGACAACGAAGGUCAAGCCGCUGGAACGCGGAUGCGGAGCACGCAGGUGGAGGUAUUUGCGUUGCGAUUUUCCCCUCUUUUUGGCCCGCAGGGGAGAGAAAGGGUUGAAUCCGUAGACACGCGGAGUGGAUCGAUGCUUGUUUCGCAAGCCAUGGCGAUAUCGAUUUGUUUUUAUCGCGUUUGUGCCAGUUGUGGGAAUAGAAAUGGUGGAGAUAUUGUGAAAGCGAAUCGAAUUUUACGUACUAUUUAUUUCGAAAGAAAUAACACUUGUUUGGAAUCGUUCGAUUUGAUCAAGAAGAUUGUAAUUAAAUUAUAUUGAAACGUUUACAUUAUGCUUUGAAACGAUUCGUAAAUUUUCUACUGAGUAAAGUUAUAAGUAGUAGAUUAUUAGAAAUUCGCAAUUUACAUUUUCUGAUAAAAAUCUAAUACAUUGUCUCGGUCCUGGUAAAAAGUUAGACAACACGUGAUUCUCCCCUGAGAGAAUCCUCGACGCUUUUAAAAAGCCUUUUGAUUUCCUUUCAAUAAAAUUUCUUUGAUGCUGGUAUAUGAUAUUUCACAUCUUACGACUUCUCGAGAAAGAAUAAUGUUCCUUUCGGUAUAAGAACUAUAUGGAUCGAAGAUGAUUAAUAACCUAAGAAGUAUCCCCCGUACUUUUGAUCCAAAAGUUCCGCAAAGUUUCCGAUAUAAAACCACCAUUUCUUUAAAGUUUCUCAUUUGAAGAGUCGCGAUACAGGUUUCGCAAGAUUUCUAAAUAUAUAUUUUUAUACAAAUAUCCGAUAUAAAUUAAAAUUUAAAUAAUAAAAACUCGAUUUUUUCUAUCGUUAUAAUGAAAUAUCUUAAAUAUCCAAAAGAUUAUUAAUUAAAAUUUUGAGAAUAUUUUUGGAACAAAAUUCUUUCUUUGGAAUAUUCAUUUUUAAGAAUUUCUUAGAUCUUCAACGACAAAUUCAUUAAUAAAAUAACUCGAAUAUCUUUUUGAAAAAUUUUUUUCAAAUAUUGAAUCUUGUCUGUUUCGACAUGAAAAUAUAUUUUAUUUUUCUUCGACUGUCAUAUUUCUUAAAGAUUCUCACAACGAUUUCGUAAAAAUUUUCGUUCGAAUUUAUUUCGAAAAAGUAUUCAACAUAUUAUUUUACUAUGAAACGUGUUAUUUGCAGCACGCGUGUGUAUCGGGUAAAGCCAACGAAUACUUCAGUUCCAUGACAAUGGACGUUAUCGAUGAUCACGUACGAACAAUUCUUUGUUUGCAGAGUCAGCUUUGCAUUUGGUGUUAAAUAAUUCAUCGGAUAAAAAUAACUCGAUUAUUUCGCCUUGCAUAUUCAAUUACAAAGGAAAAAACAUUUUCCAAGAAAAUUUAAUAUUGGGAAUAUUACAAAAAUAGAAUAAAUUUUUGUAAUAUUACGAAACAAAGGGUAUAUUGUUUUCGAAAUUAAGGAGAGAGGAAUUUUAAGAAAUUAUGCAAUUUUAUAAACAUAAUAAAACCAUUUGAGGAAGAAAUUAUGUAAAUUUUCUAGCAUGAAAAGAAAAGUAUGCAUAAAGAUCCUAAAAUUGUGUAAAACGUGAUAAUAAGAUAAGAUUGCUUGAAAGAUUACGAAAGGGUAAUUGGAGAUAAAAAUUGAAAUUAUAUGCCAAUGCGCACGUAUCGCGAGAUAUGAGCAAUAAUUAAAUAUUUGAAUAAAAAAAAGGAAGAAAAGGAAGAAGAAAAACACGAUAUCGCAGUGGAAGUUCAUCGACCUUGCUAAAACGGUCUCACGUGACGAAAUCAGCAAACGAUAAAUCGCGUACUUGAACUCCACGGUUCAAGUUUAAUGCUCUUGUUCUAUUUUCGCGUGGAUUCCUUAGCAGAAUGUCGAGCACCGCGAGAUUAAAGGAAGUUGUAUAGGUUUUAAAACUACUUAAGACUUGUGAUUCCGCAAGGAUAACUUCUUGUCGAGAAACGCAUUCGUGAAUUCUCGAUGAAAUCGAUUUUAACCGAGAACUUUAUUAAAUGAGCGUAUUUCUAUUAAAAUAUACGGGAAGAUUAUAAGGGAAAGUUUAAUAAAUUUUCUAAUUUUUAUAUAGAAAUAGAUAGUUUUGAAGUUGGACUUAAAUUAUUUCCCCAUAUAUAACUAAAAUGAUCAUUUGUUUUGAAACUUGUUAAAUUUUUCAACUUCAUCAGAUUAAUAUUUUAAAUGUUAUGAGAUAAAAAAUAAAAAGAUUAAUACAAAACGUACUUAUUUUUUUCUUAUUAUUUUCACACGUGAAAAUAUAUCGACGUAAAAUUUUUUCCUCGUGUAAUUUCGUUAAAUAAAAGAACGAAACUUCAAGCUGCAUUUAUUAAACAACAUUUAGUCUGAUAAUCAUUUGAAAUUGAUCAAUUUUAUUUUAUUUAUUUUUAACGAUAAGUUUCAAUCAGUUUCGACAAGAAAAGAAUUCUGUUUAUUAAAGAUUAAAAAUAACUUUGUAGCAAAAGUUUACACAUAUGUAUCACUUUGAUGAACUUUGACAUCGAUUGAUUUAUAACCACAGUUGCCUAAUGCAAACGUAAGUUUAGCGAUCGUUCAAAGCGAUAGAAAUAUUAUUGGCCUCGAAUCGACUUCCCGCUAACGAUGGCAAAAGUGCACAAGGAUUGCUCGUGAGGGAAGAAACUUUAUAUCCGAAAUAUACGUCCUCGGCAGAAGUUUUGGCCUGGACAAAAAGACACUCCUCAAAUUCAAUUUCUCGAGACUAGAUGGGCCGAGUUUGUGGAGAAGGAUUCCAUCGAAAAAUGUGGAACAGCCGUCAUUAAAAAGAUUAACGAAUUCGUUUCGAUAAGCCUUAAGGUCGAGGAUCGAUCGCCGUGACAUUGCAAGAUCGACAACCGAUUCCACCGAUUUUCACAAACUGAUGCCACGAACUGGCCUCCCUCGCUGGCCACCUUGAAGUAUUCAUAGUUUCUGUCGUACAGCCAACAUGUUAGUAUGUACGAUAACUUUAGUCUCGUGACGAAUUCUAAGAAUAAUAUUUCGUCGAUGUAUCGUCGAUUGUAUGACAAUAUCCGGUUACUCAUUUUUCUUGAGGAAAGUUGGCUUCUUUCGUUUUUUAUUUCGGUAUUUUACGUAUUUUUUAAAUUAGAAUAUUCUCGUUUGGAGAAUAGUUGGUGAUCAUAUAGUUGAUUAUUCCGUUGAAAAUAAUUUAAAUUUAACCAAUCACUCGUUUUCUCGAAGAAAGUUAUUUUUAUAUCUUUUGCUAUAUCUUUUUUUUUUUUUGGUAUAAUUUGAUAAAGUAAUUAAUGAUUUGCGUAGAUUAUUAUUUCGUCAGAAAGCGAAAUGAACGAUCGCACGAGAGUGAAAUACGAAAUGGAAAACUACAAGAAACGCUAAAGCGCGUCCAUCAUUGUUAAUUACAAAUAAAAGCGUUGCUCGUUAGAAGCUCGCAAUGGAAUAAGCCAGUAGUCGGACUAGUAGCGUGAAUCGGCAUUUCUCCGACGAGAAAGAUGAUACUCUGGCGUCUGUGAAUGGAACUAAUCGGACAGUAACAAUUAUGAAAUUUCUCAUUUUUCAGUUGAAUAUUCCCUUCUUUUUUACAUUCAUAUGGAAAGUGUAUCGUUCAUUUACAUAAGAAGAGAAAAGAUUCUUUUCAAACCAUAUUGUCUGCACUUUUGGCAAAAAACUUUAAAACACAAAGUGUUUCGUAACUAAUAACAAAUAUUUAAAUAAAUGAUAAGAAAAUGAAUUAUUGGUAGAAAAAAAAUUAAAAAAAUCGUUUUUUUUCAAACCAAUAAUUUAUUAAUUACGUCAUUAUCGUAGAAUACGUUUUGUUUGAUCUUUACGAGAUGCAAUUAGAUUUACGUUCUCUCUCUAUAUAUAUAUCUUUUAUAAAAAUAAUUUAAUAAUUUUUUUCCUUGAAGAAUCGUAAAGAAACGAUCUAUAUCAUUGUUGGCUUUUGUGCUUUCCGAUCCGUGAAUCAAGAUUCGAAGAUGGAUAAGAGAAACGGUGCCAAAAGUGCGAUGAACGCGAUUUUUGGCGCGAUCGACGACGAAAUUCCAUUCUUUUAUUCCCAGCUGGAUUACACACGAUGUUCUGAAUUAUGGCGAUGUUCCAUCGUCGUAAAUCUCGACAAAGGGAAUGAAUUUCGAUUAUUUGUAUGCCAGUAGAUCCGUGAAAUUUCCACGUUAACGAAGAUAAAUUCAUAGUAGAAUUGUCAUUGGAAAUACGAGGGUUCGUUGCUUAAUGUUUUGCAAACCGAUAGAAUUUUAAACAGUUGCCAAUAUUUCUUCUUGUUACGUCUGUGUUUCGCCUUUCGAAUAAUUGGAUUUAUGCGAAACACUUGUUGAUCCACUUCUGUUCUACAAACACGAUGGUAACGUAAUUUUGAUAGCAUUAAACAUGGGAUUAAUUGGAUAACGUAGUAAUAUAAAUAAAUUAAUUAUAACGUAAAUAAUAUCUGUAAUAACGUUACUAAUCUCUAGGAUUUUGAAGUGUAUUUUGAUUAAAUGCUUCAAAUUGUGUGUCAAGAAUAUAUUACUUGCUCGAAAAUUCACUUGGAUAUAUUAAAAAUUUUCCUCUUUGUAGAAUUGAACAAGCAAUUAUUUCAAAAUUUAUUGUUUCUCAACCUAGUAUCGUUUAUUUUCUAAUUUUCCCUUUUUCUCAAUCACGUGAAAUUUCAUAAAUGAUCGCGAUUAGUAUAUUAGGAGGAAUUGCAACUGUUAUAAACUUUGCUCGUUCUAUCAAAAGAAAUUAUUACCAUUUCGCGUGAUUAUUUUAAUCCUUGGUACCGGUUUAAAAUAAGGGAAACCUUCGAUAAAAAUCCUUCAACUUUUUCCUCGGCAACGAUAAAUACGCUCUAAUAAUAUUCACGAGACGAGCUUAGUUAAUUUCUUGCAAUGGCACAGAUCCAGAAAAAAAUUGUUUUCGACCAGCCAAACUUUCGAUGUACUUUUUUGCGCGUUGGUAACGCUAAAUAAAAUUAGAAAAACGUUAUGUAAUAUUUUUUAACUUUGAAUAUUCUUAUCAAUUUUUACUCAAGAUUCGUCCGCGAUAGAAUUAUACAUUUUUAACAAGAAACCUGCGAAGAACCUCGAUUAUUCGCUAUUCUGCAUACAUAUAUGCGCAGCGACAUUUCGAAGAGAACCAGUGCCAACCAGUUGUUCGAAAGUAGUUCGAACUCGUGAAAAUAUCUUUAUGUCUUCUUCUUGCGUUUACCCGUCUGUCCAUUAUAAAAUUCGCACCACUGACCGUCAAAACAAUCUACUAAAUAACAUAUGCCGAUAAACACUGAUCACUGCUAUAUUUUCUCACGCUUGUGAUUCGAUGCCAAUUGAUAAUCAGGAAAAAACAUAUUUCAUCACGGGACAUUGAUCGUUUCCUGUUUCACCUCACCAGAAUAUCAUAAUAAUUUCCAUCCAUCCGAAAAAUCCUUUUCGCUUCAUAAACCGAGAUAAACGAUCUCGAGAAGAAUUCCACGACAAAACUUACUUCAGCCACUUUUGUUUUCCGUUUCAUGGCUUCGUAUGAUUAAUCACCGUUGGCACACGAUUCCAAUAAAUUUCACGAUCGUAAAACCGAUCGUUCGCACUUCGCCGCAACUAUUAAAGGCCAAUCUAAAACGCACACGUGCCCUGGUGGCCAUCGGCGCGAAAGUGGCGCGAAAGAAGCACAGCCAGUGUUAGAGGAGCGGUCGGUGGUGCGGGCAGACGUGAUCGGGUUUCUGGUCAGCGUCGCGACGCCUCGUGCACUCGGUCAGUGCUGGGCUGUCGGUCGCGUGGCGAACCUACCCUCGUCUAACCUCGAGGACACGUGGUUUCCGCUUCUGAUUAGGAUCGAUCCAUCCUGCGACCACGUGCGUAACGCAGAGAAGGAGGAGGAGGAGAAAGAAUCAGGAGUGCGACCAGGAAAUAAGCAACGGAGAUAACGGAGCGCGCUCGCCGACAAAGGCCUUGACGUUGCGCCAACCACCACCCCCUACAUACGUCGCCCCGUGAAUAUUUCAAUAGCGCAUCGAUCUAGCGAGGAACACACGUGUGUAUCCGAAGCGAAUUCGCUUCUUCGAUCAUCACUCGGUGUUUGUUGGUUCGAAGCAACUCGGUUUAACCGCGUCCCUUUUCAACCACGCAACGGGCUAAUCACCACCAGGUACUACCUUUGCCAGGACACGUUCACCAACACGUCGGUGAUUACCUCGCGAGACCAUCGAUCCAUCCGCUCUCUUUCUGUGCUGUCUCUAAUAUAUUCUACACAUGCAUCGUGUGUGUUUCUUGUUGUCAAUAUUUGUGAAUUGUGGGAUUAUAUAUACGGAAUUUGAUACGUGGACAUAGUUGAUGGUGCAUACCUCGUACUCUCGUAUUGCUCUCUCUUUUUCUCUCUCUCUCUCUGUUUACCGCUCCCCUGUAGAUUGUGGCAGAGUACCUUUGGCCAAUCGACCCUUCCUCUUUGUAAUUUCCAUUCUUGAAACACUCGUCCAGGAAUACACGUUGAUCGUUUUAACUAUCGUUCGAUUGAGUUAUUUGUUUUUGGUGGUAACAAAAUGUCGGUGUCCUAUGUAGAGUGUGAAUGUUUGAAAGUAAAAUUCUUGGGAGCUGUUUCUUUUUUUUUUUUCUUUUUAACGGAUACCGCGUUGAGGACGAAAGUUUCCAGUACUUAAUGGAGUAUCCAUCCAAGAAAAAUCCACUCUCGAGAGUUUCACUUUGAAAUUCGCCCCCCCUUACCCUUGUAAUUUCUCACGCUUCGCUAUGUAUUUUUGAAUAGACGUAGAACCAACCAGUUUUAACUAAUCUCGAUCCUUAACGUUAUCGUUCUUCCGCAGUUGAUAACCGUUAAUUGUUCGCUUGCUGUUCGCUUUCCAUGUUGAGAGUCUCCGAUUUGCGCCCAAGGUUCGGUGCUUUUCCUCGACAGACGAACGAAAGUAACCAAAGGUAGCUCUUUAUCCCCUAAUCACGAUCGAAGAACGUCGCGUUUUUCUCUCUCUCUCUCUCUCUGAGAAAGCGAAGCGUUAAAUAACUCGAAUAACUCCAAGUCACGAUCCUCCUUUUAACUUUCGAUUCCUCUGUAUGAAGAAGAUACGGUUCACUUUGCCUCGUGAAUCACGAGCCGAUUAUCACCGUGCAACUUCAGUUUUAGGGACCUACACAGAGAAUUAUCGCUUAAAGUUUCAGGAAGAUGUAUUACGCCCUGUUCCAUUUGAAUGGAACUUGCUCCUGUCUUCCUCGAUCGUUAAAUAAAACGGAGAUCAAGCGUAGACGUUGCAUUCAAACGUUUCUUCUUUCGAGGAAGUCGAAACGUGGCUACGCUUUCGCCCGAUGGAGCGCAAGGAAUUCACGAAGAAAGAGACGCUAGUGUCUUGUUCGGGUGAGGGAAGAUCGCCAGGGAAAUGGUAACUUUUCUUCUCUUGGAAAAUCGCGGACGAAGAUCUAAGGCUCUUUAGGGAAAUUUUCUAUUUUUUUUUUUGAAAAUAAUAUACGUGGAAAUAGUUCUUACUUUUCCAAGAUCAAUUGUAAAAUCGAUCGAUCAAUUUUAUUUUUAUUCUAUCGAUCGAUAUCGAAAAUUCUCAACAUCGUUCAACUUCUAAUUUAUCUUCCAAUAGAAUAGUGUCGAGAUCAUUGAAGGAUAUUUUUGAAUGAAAAUUUUCAAAGAUUCACGUUGAAUUAUUGAAAUUUCCUCGCGUGUGCCGAGCAUUGAUGCUUCGAUAAUUACAAUAAACCAACGAGAUUAAAAAAACUUUCGAUUCCAAAUUCGAUCCACUGAUAUUAUUACCCCGAACCACCUUUCCUAACCGACAUUUCUCGGACGUUGGAGGCAGGCUGACUGCAGUCGAUGUUCCAGGUCGAGUCUCAGGUAUCGAGCCCUCGAAAGGCUCUGCGCCGUAAACGCUGUCGUGACAAGACAGUCCUUGCGGCUGCGGCAGAUCAAUCGAGAGGCUCGACUAUUAAAGUCGGUGUCGCUGUGUCGGGCAAACAGUCCUCCCCUGUGUGUGGAGGGCACGUUUCGCGUCGGCUCUGGCCUGUCGCUGCUCAUGGCAUCCUGGCUCGCUUCCUCCGGACGCCUCCCGGUAUCGGAAAAUCCGCGUGACAGACCGAAAUCAUCGUUUCGACGCGCAACAGUUACUCGUUGCAUUAGUAAUUGGAGUAUAAAUAACAUUCGAGACUGGAGUUUCGAAUUUAAAUCAAGGAAAAUCUUGAACAAUUCAGUGCUGCUGUUGUUUCUUUCGUAUGUAUGAAGAGGGAACGCGACGAAGAAGGAUCGAGGGUUCGCCGUUUCUUCGUUUCCUCGACUUCGAAUGCCUUCGAGAGAAUUUCACAAGGGUUGUUUCUCUAACGAUACGUUAAAGAUAAAGAUUUAAAUUGGAAUUUUUAACGCGGGUUUCUAUCUAGUUUCCACGCGAACGCGUGUUGUGGGAAGAAGAAAAUUUCAAGAGAAAGUUUCGAUUCGACGAUAGGAUUGUUCUUUACUAUUAAAUCGUAUAAUACGAUCCAUCAUUUCUCGAGGUGUAAUUAUAAUUCUUAGACCUUGAGGUUUCUGGCGAGCUAAAACGAGCAUAGAUCGUCUUCAGGCUGGCUCCGACCAACAUCGUAAAUCGUUAAUGUUUCUCCGAUGAUCUCAUUCCGCAUCUUUUUUCGCGUAUAAACGGAUACUUGGACGACAUAGAGAGAAACGUAAGAUUCACGUGGAAGCACGAUGGUAACUCGCCAAGACGGAGAUCGAGAAACUCUAGUUAUCCCGGAGCGGGCCAAGCGACGGUAGGGCUUGGGAUUGAUCAAACUGUUGUGUUUCUUCCAACGUAAUAAAACUCGGAACGAAAUUGUCGCAUCGAAGGGAAAUAUCGGUUACUUUAAUGGUUUGACCAAUUUGAGAAGGAGAAAUAGAAUUCCAAGAUCCUUAACAAAAGUCGGAUGCACCAGGUUCGAGUUCCGUUCCUCGAAAAUUCCUUCCUUUCCCGACGAAUAUUAUCCCUUGGGGAGACAAAGUGACGAGGCUGAUAUUCCAAUCACGAGUGUAAUCUACGAGAGCGACCGAUAAUAAAUUAUCUACGAAAAAAAAGAAUCGCGAUAUGGGAUUGCAAAAAAGAAGAGACGAGCGUAGGGAAGCUGCCUAGGGACGCUUUCGUGAUCGUCGAGCACCGUCACCACCACCACCGGCGCUGCUUCUUCCACUCGUUGUAAAAAAAAAAAACUUGACAACCGAAAAGACCACUCUCGGGCUUGAAACCAUCAUUGAAGCGAAUCAUCACCUUACACCUAAAAAAAAAAAAAAGUAACAGAAAGAAAAAACUCGA